AUGGCCAUGCGACGCCGCAAAGGAAGUUUGCCAUUGUUUUGCGCGAUUUGUGCAGCAGCUUGUUUCUGCUUGGCGCCGACAAACUUCAUCCUGUUGCCACAGGCAUCCACAGUCAGUGGCACAGCGAAUCACGGUGGAGGAAACCUGCAGUUCAUUGGAAGCAGUGCUGCAAUGCCAGUGAGUUGCGGGAGGCGGCUCAGCGCGCCACCGACCCAACUGAAAGCGUUGCCGCAGCUUCGAGCUGUGAUACAAUGGGCAAUGCAUGCUCAGUCCAACAAGACAGUUGACAUUCGCGACAUACGAGACUUUUCCCUGGCUCUUGCAGGCUUUGUGGUGUCUGCUGCAAGCUUUGUGGUGUCGUAUGCCGCCUCGGACUUUCGCAUGAAGCGUUUGGCCGUAAAGAAGUUCAUGGCGCCCUAUGAGCCAGCCACGUCUCCGGACGAGGUGGUCGCACGGAAAGUUGUAGAUGACAUCAAACACAGGCUGCAGAGCUGGAGGCAGAAGUUCCACGCGACCAUCGUGAGUGGCCGCUACAAAUGCGGGAAGACAGUGGCCGUGCAAGAGGCCUUGCGCGGUGUGCGCGGGGUGUGGGGCUUCACGAUCGAGGUGGAAGAUUGGAAGCCUGUCAUGUACACAAGGCUUGGUGUGAAGGACGCGAACAUGUUUGAUGAGGUGCUUCGUCGUGUCCGCGCCAAGCUGCAGAAGAAGAAGAAGUACACAAACAACCUGACUCAAUAUCCCAUCCUGCUUCUGGACAUUCCUCGUGACCUGGAAGGAGGUAAAGAGGGUAUGAAGCUGGUCUCCAACAUGGCGAAGGACAUGUCGAGUGAUUCGAGCUACAAUGCACCGGCACAUGCUGUGGUGGUCGCCUCGUCUGCUGCCUCGGCUCAGGCGUUUGAUGCCGGCGGCCGCAGAUUCGACAUCUGGGUGGGCGACAUGACCCACGGAGAGGGGACAGAGGUGCUCGAGAAGCACGGCCACGAGUCGGAUGCGGCAGAAAUCAUUGACAAGUGCGGCCUCCGCGCUGGUGAUUUGGUGGAUGCAUGCAAUGAUCUGAAGAAGGGAGAUAGUCUGAGCGACAUCCAGACGGGUUUACAAAAGUUGGCAAUCAAGGACGUGGUGAACUUCAUGAGUCUCACGCUUGAUGGAAAGCCGGUCGGUCUGGAGAUGUUGAAGGCGCUGCUGCAAAGCGGAGACGCAGGCAUUGAGGCAGUCAUUAAUACUACUGCGUAUGAGCCGAGCGAGAUUGCGAAGCUCAUUCGCGAUAAGAAAGCACAUGCCAUCAUAUGGCAUCCUACAGAGAUGCUUUACAAGUUUGCUUCGAGCUUGCACGCGAAAAUCGCCAAAGGCAAGUGCCCUGAUUGA